UGAGAACGGAACAGAAACGGUAAACAGAGUGCGGAUAAAACAUGAAUCCCAGAGGGCCCUAGCCAGCUGGAUCCCAGGCAAUCAGGAGCCUGGGAUUGGAGACCCCACCCCUGCCGUGACAUCACAGGGGAGUGGGGUGGAGACAACAAAAAGGGGUCCCCCGCCCUGGCCUUGGACUCUUGGCAGCCCAGAGUGUCAAGAGCGGAGAGCCUGGGCACUGGGCUAGGGUUGCCUGACUUAAAGGAAUAGGCUCCCAUUCCUCAGUCCCCUCUAAGCUACCCUCUCUAGGCCUUGAUCUCCGUCUUUCCGUCUGAGGACCUCUCCCUCCUGAGGCCACCGUUCAGUCCCUUCUGAGUGGCCCUCGAACACUCAACAUGAACUGUAUUUCAGAUUUCUUCACCUACGAGACCACUAAGUCGGUGGUUGUGAAGAGCUGGACCAUUGGGAUCAUCAACCGAGCAGUUCAGCUUCUGAUCAUCUCCUACUUUGUGGGCUGGGUUUUCUUGUACGAGAAGGCAUACCAGGUGCGAGACACAGCCAUCGAGUCCUCGGUGGUAACCAAGGUGAAGGGCUUCGGACGCUACGCCAACCGAGUCAUGGACGUGUCUGAUUAUGUGACACCACCCCAGGGCACCUCUGUGUUUGUCAUCAUCACCAAGAUGAUUGUUACUGAAAACCAGACACAAGGAUUCUGCCCAGAGAGCGAGGAGAAGUACCGCUGUGCAUCAGACAGCCAGUGCGGGCCCCAGCGCUACCCCGGUGGGGGGAUCCUCACUGGCCGCUGCGUGAAUUACAGCUCGGAGAUCCGGACCUGUGAGAUCCAGGGCUGGUGCCCCACUGAGGUGGACACGGUGGAAAUGCCUGUCAUGAUGGAAGCUGAGAACUUCACCAUUUUCAUCAAGAACAGCAUCCGUUUCCCCCUCUUCAAUUUUGAGAAGGGAAACCUUCUUCCCAACCUGACCGCUGCCGACAUAAAGACCUGCCGCUUCCACCCUGACGAGGCCCCCUUCUGCCCCAUCUUGCGGGUGGGGGACGUGGUCAAGUUUGCGGGGCAGGAUUUUGCCAAACUGGCCAGCACGGGCGGAGUUCUGGGCAUUAAGAUCGGCUGGGUGUGCGACUUGGACAAGGCCUGGGACCAGUGCAUCCCCAAAUACUCCUUCACCAGACUAGACGGUGUUUCCGCGAAGAGCAAUGUCUCCCCGGGCUACAACUUCAGGUUUGCCAAGUACUACAAGACGGAGAACGGCAGUGAGUACCGCACGCUCCUGAAGGCCUUUGGCAUCCGCUUUGACGUCCUGGUGUACGGGAAUGCUGGCAAGUUCAACAUCAUCCCCACCAUCAUCAGCUCUGUGGCAGCCUUCACCUCUGUGGGAGUGGGCACUGUCCUGUGUGACAUCAUCCUGCUCAACUUCCUCAAGGGGGCUGACCAGUACAAAGCCAAGAAGUUCGAGGAGGUGAAUGAGACCACGCUGAAGGUCGCUGCCUCGGCCAACCCAGUGUACCCCAGUGACCAGACCACAGAGGAGAAACAGUCCACAGAUUCGGGGGCCUACUCCAUUGGCCACUAGGGCCUCAGCCAGGGCCCCAUGCUCACCCUUGGACUCCAGGCCCCCCAACAGGGGACCCCACCUGGGCGAGGGGGGAUGGGAAGCGGGAGGGGCUCUCAUUUCUGCUGCUCA